UUUUUUUGUCAGGGACAAAUAUGGGCUUGGAUUCCUAUAUUUGGCACAGCGCUGCCACUGAUAGAGCAGGAAUCUAGCUGGCUGGCAAUUGUCUGUGACCUCUGAGCAACAAUAACAGCUACAGUGCCACCAAUCCACUGACUGACGUCACCAAUCAAAGACCUUCUCCGGUCCAGCGCUCCUUUUGAAAUACUGCAUACAAGUCAUUCCGUUUAGGGAUAAGCACCUGUGUCACCUUUCCGGGAUAUGCCUUGUGGAUUUUAUUAUGGGAACGGUCAAGAAGCUGACGGUGAUGCACAAGCCCCCUGAAGGCCUGAGCAGUGUGGAGGUAAAACUGGACUGUCUUCACCGAAAAGUCGACAGACUCCUCCUAGGGCAGCAGAAGCAGCCGGGAAAAGUUGAGGAACCUGAACGGCGAGAGGCGCUUGAUUUCGAUGGCCCUCAGGUCACUUCUCAGACUGCUCCUUGGCAGUGUGGAUGCCGGCAGAACUGGCAAGAAAUGACCAAAGUGAUGACUGCCCUCAUCUCAUCCUGGGAGGGGCAGAGCCAGCGUCUGGAGGCUUUAGAGAAGGUGGUCCUGGGAAUGCAUGGCUCUCUGAAAGCACUGGAGACGAAACUCCAGAGACCGGGAAAGACGAGAGGUGCAGCUCAAACACCACAGCUGAGGCCUUUGAAGAAGAAGGAAGAAAAUACAAAGUCACAUGAGAAAGAAGGCAAGCCGCUAUGUGAAAGAAGAAUCAUGAAAAGUCAGGACAUAAAAGAUGAACGUACCCAGUUGGCCACUCACUCAAAAACACAUGUGACCCAAGAAGCCUCUUUGCCUAAUGAUGUGGAAAGCAAGUCAUCACCUCGUAAAGGAACCCAAGGAGUCAUCUUCAACCAUACAGAGGCACAGCCAUCUAAAGAAGGCGGCACACAGAAUGAGACGAAGGUGUCCACCACAAAACAGCUCUGUGAGGGCACAACCAACCCAACAAUGCAUGAUAAAGACGGUUUAACAGAACUGAGGAAGACAACUGAAAAAACUGUGGGCAGUAAAGAAGGUGCAGGCUUCAAGGACAUGACCCAGGGCACCAGGGAUAAGAAAUCUCCUCCAGAAGACAAUUCUGGCCAACAUGGAAGCCUGAUGACCCUUAAACACAAAGAACACUUAACCAAUUCCAGUUGUGAGAACCUGGACCCUGCAACGCUUGUGUGGAUUGACAGUCCCGGUCUCAGACAUGUGCACAGCUGCCCCGAGUCCCUGCAAAGUUAUGAGCUACGAAGAAGUGUAUUGGAUCCUAAUGCAGCGGCUUCACAAGUGAUGAGUAUCAUCAGUCCGGAGGUGACGGCAAAGACCCCUGACUGCCUGGUGACCACGAAUGCCCUUAUUGCAGAGCGCAUGAGACCACACACCCCCAUCGAAAUCAGAGUCACACUGGCAGAGCCCAAGGGAGAAGAUGUCCCUCAGAAGGGGUCUGCAUGUGUUAAAGUCAUUGAUGACAGCCCCCCUCCAGCAGCUUCAUUUGAACAUCGCUUUGUCACCAUUUCUUCUGGCCUGCCCAGCACUCUAUUCCACAUUAACACCAAGGAGCUCCUCGGAGGGGGACGAUUUGGGACAGUGCAUCGAUGUACAGAAAAAAGCUCAGGAAUGAAGAUGGCCGCCAAGCUAAUUAAAUUUCGAAACGCCAAAGACAAGGAAGUGAUUAACAAUGAAGUACAAGUCAUGAAUCAGUUGAGCCACCCCAACGUGAUCCAACUUUAUGAUGCCUAUGAGGUCAAGAAUGAGAUUAUUCUGAUAAUGGAAUAUGUGGAUGGAGGUGAGCUUUUUGACAGGAUAAUUGAUGACAGUUACCAUCUGACAGAAGUCGACGCCAUGCUGUUCAUUAAGCAGAUCUGUGAAGGUAUUCAUUACAUGCACCAAAUGUACGUCCUGCAUUUAGACUUGAAGCCAGAGAACAUCCUCUGUGUGAACCGGACGGGUCAUCAAGUGAAGAUUAUUGACUUUGGACUGGCCAGGAGAUACAAACCCAGGGAGAAAUUGAGGGUCUCUUUUGGUACCCCGGAGUUCCUGGCCCCUGAGAUUGUCAACUUUGAUUUUGUCUCCUUCCCAACUGACUUGUGGACCCUUGGAGUUAUUUCAUACAUGCUGUUAAGUGGCCUCUCGCCAUUUCUCGGUGACAAUGACAGCCAGACCCUCAGCAACGUACUGUCAGUCAACUGGUAUUUUGACGAAGAGGCCUUUGAACAUGUCUCUGAAGAGGCCAAAGACUUCAUCUCCAACCUGCUGAUCAAGGAGAAAAGUGGCCGCCUGAGUGCUGCACAGUGCCUCAAACAUCCCUGGCUGAACAACAUUGCAGAGAAGGCCAAGAGCAACAACAUGUGCCUCAAGUCUCAGAUCCUACUGAAGAAGUACCUGGCCAGGCGGCUUUGGAAGAAGAACUACAUCGCCAUUGCGGCUGCCAAUCGUUUUAAGAAAAUCAGCAGCGUGGACUCCUUGACAUCCCUGGCGAUGUGAUGAUGGCCAUGAAAGUAAUGCUGAAUGUCAGCGUGAGAUCAGACCUGACACCUGAACGAGCAAUGCCUUCUGCCAGCUCAGUACAAUGGACAUUUGACUAAGUGAAGGAUUUGUGAAGACGGCAAUGUUCCAUAUAGCACAUACACGGUGACCCGUGUCAAUGGAGAAGUCGCAUGAUUCAUUCUGUUAUUUGCAGUGGGUGACUCCGGAACAUGGAGCUGAGAAUAUUUUCAGUUCUAAGCCUCAGCAAACUUCUUCAGCAAGCAAAAAAAAGCAAGAAAAGAAUAGAAUGAAACUAUUAGAACUGU